UUGGUUUGCAGUGUCAUGGCGGAUGGCUGAAGGAAAGCAUUGAUAAAUUAAAGCUUGUUUCAGUGGAAAAAGUAAAAAAGGUUAGUUUCGAAAAGAUUCAAAAUGGCAAAGCAAGACGUAGAAAUGAAAGAAGAACCUAAACAGAACGACUCCGCAGAAUCAGAAGAACCAAAAGCGGAGGUCUCGAAGGAAGAAAAAGAGAGACUCGUUUUGGAAGAUCUCAAAGAUCAGGUCAAGUACAUAGAAAAGUCAGUGUCAUCCAAGGAACCACGGUUUGUGACCCGUGUUCUAAGAGCUAUUCCAGCAACAAGGAAGAAGCUUACUCACGCAAUUCUCAGAAAGCUUAUUUGUGGCUUUUUUCCUAAUUCAUCAGUUGCAAGAGAUGGCUUGUUGGCUUUUCUUGAUGAGCCAAUGGAAUCAGAACUAGGAGUAGCAUUCAGACCACGGAGUGCCAGGUUGAUAGCUGCUGCAGCAUUACCAGAAGUUGAAUUUUAUUUUCACUUGUUGGUUUUGAUUCAUCUCAUUGAUACAGAGUGUUUUAAGGAAGCUGUUAAAUGCUCAGAACUACUGAUGCAGCGAUCUUUAGGACACAACAGGAGGACAUUAGACCCUCUUCUUGCCAAGUGUUAUUUCUACCAUUCUCGUGCCUAUGAACUGGUUGACAGACUACAAGAAAUCAGAAGCUUUCUACUGGCAAGACUAAGAACAGCUACUUUAAGGCAUGAUGAUGAAGGACAAGCCAUUCUUUUGAAUCUUCUCUUAAGAAACUAUCUUCAGCUGAACUUGUAUGAUCAGGCUGAGAAGUUGGUGUCAAAGUCGUCAUUUCCAGAGACAGCCAGCACAAAUGAAUGGGCACGAUUUCUGUACUAUACUGGCAUAAUCAAAGCUAUUCAACUGGAUUACUCAGAGGCUCACAAGAAUUUGCUGCAGGCCAUAAGGAAAGCUCCACAGCAAGCUGCUAUUGGAUUCAAGCAAACUGCACACAAGUUUGCUAUUGUUGUUCAACUGCUUCUUGGUGAAAUACCUGACAGAGCCACCUUUAGAGAACCAUUUCUGAGAAAAACUCUUGUUCCUUACUUUCAACUGACACAGGGUGACACAAGAAAUUUCAAAAUUGAUAAUAGAAUUGUGCUCUCUUGGCAGGCAAUUCGUGAUGGUGUAAUUGAUGCUACAAUUGAUCAUGAGAAAGGCCAUGUUCAAUCAAAGGAAAAUGUGGACAUCUACUCUACUAAUGAACCACAAGGAGCGUUUCAUCAGAGAGUUAGCUUUUGCUUGGAUCUUUACAAUCAGUCCGUCAAGGCUAUGCGAUUUCCACCAAAGUCUUACAGCAAGAAUUUGGAAUCACUUGAGGAGCAACGAGAAAGAGAAAAGCAAGAUCUUGAACUUGCCAAGGAAAUGGCCGAAGAUGAUGACGAUUUUCCCUAAUUCUCCCAGACAACUACUGUCUAUAACCCAUGUAGUGUUACUUUGAAGCCAAUAAACGCAUUUAUAAUUAAUCGA